UGCUAGAGCGGGACGAUGCCGCCAGUAAAGCGCAUGCGCAGGGAGCUCGAGGAAGGGGCGGGGCCCUGUGUGCGGGGCCGGAAGCAGCGGGCGGCUCAGGCAGUGACGGUUUUAAAUCCCCGUGGCCCAGCCGGCUCCUUUCCCCAGCCAGUGAUGGACGCGCGGGCGCGAGCUAAGCGCUACGAGAAGCUCGACUUCCUGGGCGAGGGGCAGUUUGCCACUGUUUAUAAAGCAAGGGAUAAGAACACCAAUCAAAUUGUUGCUAUUAAAAAGAUUAAACUUGGACAUAGAUCGGAAGCUAAAGAUGGAAUCAACAGAACAGCCCUGAGGGAGAUAAAAUUGUUACAGGAGCUAAGCCAUCCAAAUAUCAUUGGUCUUCUUGAUGCAUUUGGACACAAAUCCAAUAUUAGUCUGGUCUUUGAUUUUAUGGAAACAGAUCUAGAGGUUAUAAUCAAGGAUAGUAGUCUUGUGCUGACACAAUCUCACAUCAAAGCAUAUAUGUUGAUGACACUUCAAGGAUUGGAAUAUUUACAUCAGCACUGGAUUCUGCACAGGGAUCUCAAACCAAACAAUCUGUUACUAGAUGAAAAUGGGGUUCUAAAAUUGGCUGACUUUGGCUUGGCAAAAUCUUUUGGAAGCCCAAAUAGAGUCUAUACACACCAGGUAGUAACAAGAUGGUAUCGAGCACCUGAGCUACUGUUUGGUGCUAGAAUGUAUGGUGUAGGUGUAGAUAUGUGGGCUGUUGGCUGUAUCUUAGCAGAACUGCUUCUUAGGGUUCCUUUUUUGCCAGGAGACUCUGAUCUUGAUCAGCUGACAAAAAUAUUUGAAACGCUGGGGACUCCAACAGAAGAACAGUGGCCUGGCAUGUCUAAUCUUCCAGAUUAUGUAACAUUUAAAAGUUUCCCUGGAAUGCCACUUCAACAUAUUUUCAGUGCAGCUGGUGAUGACUUGCUAGAUCUUCUCCAAGGUCUAUUCAUAUUUAAUCCUUGUACUAGGGUCACAGCUACACAGGCAUUGAAACAGAAGUAUUUUAGUAAUCGACCAGGACCAACACCAGGAAGUCAAUUGCCAAGACCAAACUGUCCUGCAGAAGCCUUAAAAGAACAACAAAAUUCACUUUUAAAUUUAAAAAGGAAGAGAACAGAAGGAAUAGAUCAAGGUAUUUUUUCUUCUAAAUCUUUGCAUUUUUAAUUUUAAAUUGAAGAUGCAUGGUAAGUAUAUGAUACUGUCCCAGUGUUUAAGGAAAUAUGACCUAUAUAUAGUCCUCUAUCUUACCAAGUGAAAUAUUGUUCUCUAAAUUAGCCAAAUCUGAGCCCAUAACACCAACCUAAACCUCUUGGUGACUUGUAGUAUUCUUUUUACAAGAGGUGUACCUUGUUAAAAGAAAUAUCUUAUAUUCCAUGUAGAUUCUAAAGUGUAGAAAAGCUUCUAUAUCACAAGUUCUGUCAAUAUCCAAAACUAUUACAGUAUUUAAUACAUUUUAUCCUAUGACUAUCACCUGUUUGAGAUGUUCUCUUAGAUCCUUAUAUAAAGGGAAUUACUUAAAUUUUAAUUGAGACAUUUGAUUGAAUUCAUUGGAAAUUCUGAGCAUUUUAGGACUCUGAUGUACAUUAAAUGUUUACUUCUCUGGUCUGCACAUUCUUAAUUUUAUAGCCAAACUUCAUCCCACUACUGGCCUCUACAUAUUUUCAUGUGUAAAAUGUACCUGCUCAGAGAUCCUCAGCUUUGAGAAUCUUCUGGGCAGCAGUGUCCUCCGGAGCUGCACAAGCAAAGCAUUAUAUAGUACCUGAUGUUUUUAGCCAAGACCAUAAAGGAUGAUAUGGCCUCCACCACUUCGUUUUGUGUGUGCUUUUCUUUUCCUGGCUGAGAAUCUGUGGACCUUGUCCCUGUGUCUCCAGACUUUGUAUUUUUCUUAAAUUGUGCACCUUUUAGUCAUUUUGAGUCAAGCCUCUGAAGUUCUGGAUAUGGUAGAUUUAAGCACAUUCCCAUUAUUUGUCCUGCAUAGGGAAAAUAAUAUCUUCACUGCAAUUUUAUAGCCCUGCAGCCUGGGUCCCACAAGCCUUAAUCCGCUGACAUAGGCCAGCCAUGGGUUUUUACUGCAGUGUAGACAUACCUUAAGUGAUAGUGUAGGCAAGAUCUAAGUUCUUUUGUGGCUUUUCUCUGAGUUUUAACAACGGGUAGAAAAGCAGUCUAAUAUCUUGGCCUAUUCUAUACUACAGAUGCAACUAAUGAAUUGUAAAUUCUUCAGAGCAGUGGUAGGGAAAAUGGUUUUUCUAAAACUCCUUGUGCAGUUUGUCAUUAGAUAAGUUGGUGAGCAUGGUUGUCAGUGACUUGUACCGUGGAUGGGACCAAACCAUUUUUAAACAAAAAGCCUCAGCUUAUUUAUAGGAUGCUAGGAGACAGCCAUGUUUUAGUAGGUCACAUUUACAGUGUAGGUGGACCUCAGGAAAGAGGAAUGGAGUAGUGCUGCUAUCCUGCCAGUCUCUGGGGCAGACCCUAAAAUAAAAGUCUAGUAAAACCCCUAAGCAGACAUUGAAAGGGUUUUCAUUUCACUCCACUGUACCAAUGUGCUGCAGUUACUGAGAAACUAGAAAAACUUACUAUCUUUAUUACAAUACCACCACCCACCCCACUGACACUUGCCUCCCUUUUUUUUUCUAAGCUUAAUUCUAUUUUAAACCUGUAACUUUCUAUAGCAAAAGGAAGGAAAAAAGGUGGUGUCUAACAUGUUUCAUGUCUCUCAGCCUUGCACAAAGAUGGCUUGGAAACUUUUUAGGAGUACAAAACAGCUUUCUAUACAUAUAUAGCUUAAUUCUGGAUUGCAUGUUUCAUGUAAACAUGAGAGAAACAUUCUGGACAACUUUUUUUUCAUGCACUAUUAUAGCUGCUCUUCUAUGAGCCUGCUCCAAGACUAGACAGGGCCUAAAGAGUAGUUAGGGUAUAGCUACAAGCAAAAGCUGUGCAUGUUUAUCCAAGCUAGCCUGAAUCCAGCUAGUGUAGGGAGCAGUGUGGGCUCAAGAGCGGAGUACAGAGGCUGGGUAUAUACUCAGCUCAUGAGCCCAUACUGACGCCGGUGCUGUCUUCACUGCUACUGGUACCUGUGCUAGCUGGAUUCAAGCUAGCUCUGAUAAGCUAGCCUGUUCACAGCGUUUGGUGUUCAAACAUACCCUAAAUAACUUUGGGGGGUUGGGCCCGUUAUUUCAUUUCAGUAGUGAUACAAAUGAAAUACUUACACUCUAAAAUUAAUU